AUGGUUCUGGGUGCCCAGCAGAAACUGGCAGACAUCCUGCAGGAGAAGGUUAGUUUGGUUCACUUUCCCUUUCAGGGAAGGUGUGUGUGUGUGCAUGUGUGUAUGAUUGUGUGAGCGUGUGUGUGUGUGUGUGUGUGUGUGUGUGUGUGUGUGUGUGUGUGUGUGUGUGUGAGCACUGCAUCAAGACAGAUAUAGUGUUGGAGUGUAUGUGUGUUUACACAGUCUCCAGUGUGUGAAAGUAGGGGGUUGAGGUUGUAUCACCUAAUCCUGAUGCCUGACCUCAUUUUCCCAGUAUAUGAAUAUGAAUAUUGUUCAGGAAAGAGUCAAUGUGGUCGAUUUCAACUUGUUUAUUUAGCACCAAUGCAGUCUUUAUAGUUAUCAAGUAUAAUUUCACCAAAAUGCUCCAACCAUAUUGUAGCGUCUUUAAACAAUGACUUUUGGAAUUACCAUAGAAAAGGACUGCAUGAGAGUCAACUGUCAUCUCGCAGUUGUUUUUCUGAAGAGCAAAAUGGAACAUCCCUUUAUGCCCACCUGCCAUUCUACUGCCAUAGAAAUAUAAUCAAAACAUAGAUAAUGAUAAGGUAUUUGAGGUAGAUAUGUACAUGAAGGCAGGGUAAAGUGACUAGGCAUCAGGAUAGAUAAUAAUAAGGUAUUUGAGGUAGAUAUGUACAUGAAGGAAGGGUAAAGUGACUAGGCAUCAGGAUAGAUAAUAAUAAGGUAUUUGAGGUAGAUAUGUACAUGAAGGCAGGGUAAAGUGACUAGGCAUCAGGAUAUAUAAUAAUAAGGUAUUUGAGGUAGAUAUGUACAUGAAGGCAGGGUAAAGUGACUAGGCAUCAGGAUAGAUAAUAAUAAGAGUAAAACAAAGAACAGAGUAGCAACAGCAAAUGAUGAGUGUAAAAGUGUGUGUGUAUGUACAGUAUAUGUGUUUGUGUUUGUGUUGUGUCGGUAUGCAUGUGUGUGUGCGUAUGUAGUGGGAGUGACAGUGUAGUGUGUGUGUGAGAGUGUGUAUAUGGAGUGUAUAGAAGGUCUAGUGAGUGUUCGUAGGAUCAGUGCAAGAUAGAGUCAGUGCAGAUAGUUCGGGUACCAUUAAUUGACUAUUUAGACGUCUGGCUAUUCAGCAGUCUUAUGGCUUGGGGGUAGAAACUGUCUCUUGGUCCGAGAGCCGCUCCGGUACCAUUUGCCGGACGUUAGCAGAGUGAACAGUCUAUGACUUGGGUGGCUGGAGUCUUUGGCAAUUUUUCGAGCCUUCCUCUGACACCGCCUGAUAUAGAGGUCCUGGAUGGCAGGGAGCUCGGCCCCAGUGAUGUACUGACCUGUCUAAUAACUAGAAGGGGAAUCCCCAUUCAAGUCAAUGGUCUGUGAUGGUAUUUCUAUGGCCUCUGCCUGUCUUCCAUUGUGCUGCCUGCCAAACGUGGCAUAUGGAGAAGGCAAACACACUGUCUGAGGCUUUGCUCAGGGCGAUGGAAUUGGAUUCACUGCUCAUUUAGUCUAUAUGUCACACACUAUACGCACGACAGCUGUAUUCUGACCCUAUUCACAAACAACCUGACAUUCAAAUCAAACACAAGCGCAUCCAGGAAUAGAAGAGGACUCAAAUCUAGGCCAUUUAACCAUCCGUUGAACAGACAACUCUGAAGUCUAAAGUGGCUCCAUUCAAUUCUGUUUGAGUUCCAUUGGAAUUACUGUCACUCAUAGCAGAGAGGAUUGAGGUAAUGUGUAAGAAGGUUUGCUCAUAUAACAUUUGGUAUGAGAAAAAACAAACACCUAUUUGAAUGAGAUGAGUCUUGAAUCCAGUGUCUGUAUUUUUAAGUUGACUAUUGCUUCUAUUGAUACUGUUCUCUUUGAUUCACUGAUGCAGUCACUGUGCUGUAUAUGCGUCAUUGGAGAGAGAGAGAGAACUAAGGAGUGAGUGUGAAGAAUUCCUAGUGUGGGAUGUCUGGCAAUUGCUUCUGCUGAACGUGAGAGACUGUUGUGGGGGUGGAGCCAAGGACUUGUGACCCUUGGAAGUCCUUAGUGGGUAGUAGGUGAAAGGUCAUGAUAUAGACGACCAGGAUGUACAGUUGAAGUCGGAAGUUUACAUACACUUCGGUUGGAGUCAUUAAAACUCGUUUUUCAACCACUCCACAAAUUUCUUUUUAACAAACUAUAGUUUUGGCAAGUCGGUUAGAACAUCUACUUUGUGCAUGACACAAGUAAUUUUUACAACAAUUGUUUACAGACAGAUUAUUUCAUUUAUAAUUCACUGUAUCACAAUUCCAGUGGGUCAGAAGUUUACAUACACUAAGUUGACUGUGCCUUUAAACAGCUUGGAAAAUUCCAGAAAAUGAUGUCAUGGCUUUAGAAGCUUCUGAUAGGCUAAUUGACAUAUUUCGAGUCAAUUGGAGGUGUACCUGUGUAUGUAUUUCAAGACCUACCUUCAAACUCAGUGCCUCUUUGCUUGACAUCAUGGGAAAAUCAAAAGAAAUCAGUCAAGACCUCAGAAAAAAAAUGGUAGACCUCCACAGGUCUGGUUCAUCCUUGGUAGCAAUUUCCAAACGCCUGAAGGUACCACAUUCAUCUGUACAAACAAUAGUACGCAAGUAUAAACACCAUGGGACCACGCAGCGAUCAUACCGCUCAGGAAGGAGACGCGUUCUGUCUCCUAGGGAUUGUUAUCCUGGCGCCGACGAAGAUGGCGGCCUCGCGACUAGCUCUUAGGAAACUUUGCAGUAUUUUGUUUUUUUAUGUAUUAUUUUUUACAUUAUUAGCUCAGAAAGUGUUUUGCAUCAUUACAUACAGCAGGGAAAAACUAUUGGAUAUCAGAGCGGCGGUAACUCACCAGCAUUACGACCAGGAAUACGACUUUCCCGAAGCAGAUCCUUUGUUUGCUCUCCCCAGGGCAACUGAACUGAUUCCAGCAGCUGACCCAAAACAUCGCCGGAGGAGGAGAGGCACUCGGAGCGGUCUGCUGGUUCAAAUUAGGAGGCGCACACACCACCCACCGCUUCCAAGUAUUCUACUCGCUAAUGUUCAGUCUUUGGUUAACAAGGUCGACGAACUACGGUCAAGGAUUUCUUUCCAGAGAGACAUCAAGGCCUGUAACAUACUCUGUUUCACGGAAACAUGACUCUCUUGGGAUAUUCUGUCGAAAUCGGUCCAGCCAGAUGGGUUCUCAGGUCAUCGCGCAGACAGGAAUAAAUAUCUCUCCGGGAAGCAGAAGGGCGGAGGUGUGUGUUUCAUGAAUAACAACUCAUGGUGUAAUUGUAGUAACAUACAGGAACUCGAGUCCUUCUGUUCACCCGACCUAGAAUUUCUCUCAAUCAAAUGCCGACCGUAUUAUCUCCCAAGAUAAUUUUCUUCGGUUAUGGUCACGGCCGUGUAUAUCCCACCUCAAACCGAAACCACAACGGCCCUCAAAGAACUUCACUGGACCUUAUGCAAACUGGAAAUGUCACGCCCUGGCUCUGGGGACUCUAGUAUGUUGAGCCAGGGUGUGAGUUUUCAUUGGUUUAUGUUCUAGUUGUUGUAAUUCUAUGUUGGCCAGGGUGGCUCCCAAUCAGAGACGACUGUAGCUCGUUGUCUCUGAUUGGGAGUCAUACUUAGGUAGCCGUUAGGCAUUCAUUAUUUGUGGUUUCUUGUUCUGAUUUGGUUUGUGUUAUACCGUAGAUGUCACGUUAUCGUUGUUGUUUUGAUCGUGUGAUCAUUCUAAAUAAAUAAUAUGUUCACCUUCAACGCUGCGCCUUGGUCCGCUUCAUCAUAUGAAUGACGAUCGUGACAGAAGAAACCACCAUAACAGGACCAAGCAGCGUGAAGAAGAGAGAGGAUGGACUUGGGAGCAGUGGAGUAGGAGUCUCGACUGGGCCAAGCCAAGCGAAGAGGAGAGAGGUUGGACUUUGGAGCAGUGGGGUGAGAGUCUGGCGAGAGACAUGGAGGCCUGGUCCACGGGGAGAGACGCCCAGAAAUUUUUUAGGGGGGGGCUAACGCCGUGGACGACGGGCCAGCAGGAGACCGCGGCAGAGCGGCCCAGCGGUGUGGCAGAGGAGGCCGCCAGGUUACGGGGGCCACUGGUCGAAGAGGGGGUGGAAGAUGUAGAGGCACGGCGAGAGGUACUGGCGUGUGUUGCCAGUCCGGUCCGGCCUGUUCCUGAUCCCCACGUAGGGCCAGUGGUGUGUGUUCCCAGUACGGUCCGGCCUGUUCCUGCCACUCGCACCAAGUCUACGGUGCGCAUCGCCAGCCCAGUCCGGCCCAUUCCUGCUCCCCGCACCAAGUCAGUGGUGCGUUUCGUCAGCCCUGUCCGGCCCGUUCCUGCUCUCCGCACCAAGUCUGUGGUGCGCGUCGCCAGCCCAGUCCGGCCCAUUCCUGCUCCCCGCACCAAGUCUGUGGUGCGUUUCGUCAGCCCUGUCCGGCCCGUUCCUGCUCUCCGCACCAAGUCUGUGGUGCGCGUCGCCAGCCCAGUCCGGCCCAUCCAAGCUCCCCGCACCAAGUCUGUGGUGCGCGUCGCCAGCCCAGUCCGGCCCAUCCAAGCUCCCCGCACCAAGUCAGUGGUGCGCUACGUCAGCCCGGCUCGGUCCGCUCCUGCUCCCCACACCAAGCCAGUGGUGUGCGUCGUCAGUCCGGCACGGCCCGUGCCUGUUCCACCGGUGGCGGGUCCGGCACCGGUCAGGUGCUGCGUCACGCCGGAGCUAGAGCAAUCCGCUCCACCAGUGUUCAGUUCAGCUCUGGUCAGCAGGGCCAGACCGGACCAGGGGUACUUUGGGGGGUUAGAGAAGGAGUGGGGGUCAUGUCCGGAGCCGGAUCCGCCGCAGAGGCGGAGUGCCCACCCGGUCCCUCCCCUGUUGGAUUUGGUUGGCGCGGUCGGAGUCCGCGCCUUUAGGGGGGGGUACUGUCACGCCCUGGCUCUGGGGACUCUAGUAUGUUGAGCCAGGGUGUGAGUUUUCAUUGGUUUAUGUUCUAGUUGUUGUAAUUCUAUGUUGGCCAGGGUGGCUCCCAAUCAGAGACGGCUGUAGCUCGUUGUCUCUGAUUGGGAGUCAUACUUAGGUAGCCGUUAGGCAUUCAUUAUUUGUGGUUUCUUGUUCUGAUUUGGUUUGUGUUAUACCGUAGACGUCACGUUAUCGUUGUUGUUUUGAUCGUGUGAUCAUUCUAAAUAAAUAAUAUGUUCACCUUCAACGCUGCGCCUUGGUCCGCUUCAUCAUGUGUCAACGACCGUGACAGGAAACCACAUAUCCUGAGGCUGCAUUUAUUGUAGCCGGGGAUUUUAACAAAGCAAAUUUGAGGACUAGGCUGCCGAAGUUCUAUCAACAUAUCGACUGUUGUACUCGCGCUGCUAAAAUCCUCGACCAUUGCUAUUCGAACAUCCGGGAUGGUUAUAAGGCCCUCCCCCGCCCUCCUUUCGGCAAAUCUGACCACGACUCCAUUUUGCUUCUCCCUUCCUAUAGGCAGAAACUCAAACAGGAAGUACCCGUGCUAAGGACUAUUCAACGCUGGUCUGACCAAUCGGAAUCCACGCUUCAAGAUUGUUUUGAUCACGCAGACUGGGAUGUUCCGGGUAGCUUCCGAAAAUAAUUUAGACGUAUACACUGAAACGGUGACUGAGUUUAUCAGGAAGUGUAUAGGUGAUGUUGUGCCCACUGUGACUAUUAAAACCUACCCUAACCAAAAACCGUGGAUAGACGGCAGCAUUCACGCAAAUGUGAAAGCGCAAACCACCUCAUUCAACUAUGGCAAGGUGACUGGGAAUAUGGCAGAAUACAAACAGUGUAGCUACUCACUCCGCAAGGCAAUUAAACUGGCAAAACAUCAGUAUAGAGACAAAGUGGAGUCGCAAUUCAACGGCUCAGACACGAGACGUAUGUGGCAGGGUCUACAGACAAUCACAGACUACAAAAAGAAAACCAGCCACGUCGCUGACACCGAUGUCUCGCUUCCAGACAAGCUAAACACCUUCUUCACCUGCUUUGAGGAUAACAUAGUGCCACUGACGAGGCCCACUACCAAGGACUGUGGCCUCUCCUUCUCCAUGGCCAACGUGAUUAAGACAUUUAAGCAUGUUAACCCCCGCAAGGCUGCCGGUCCAGACGGCAUCCCUAGCCGCGUCCUCAGAGCAUGCGCAGACCAGCUGGCUGGUGUGUUUAUGGACAUAUUCAAUCUCUCCCUUUCCCAGUCUGCUGUUCCCACAUGCUUCAAGAUGGCCACCAUUAUUCCUGUACCCAAGAAAGCAAAGGUAACUUAACUAAAUGACUAUUGCCUGUAGCACUCACCUCUGUCAUCAUGAAGUCCUUUGAGAGAAUAGUUAAGGAUCAUAUCACCUCUACCUUACCUGUCACCACAGACCCACUUCAAUUUGCUUACCGCCCCAAUAGAUCUACAGACGAUGCAAUCGCCAUCACACUGCACACUGCCCUAUCCCAUCUGGACAAGAGGAAUACCGUUCAUUGUAAGAUUGCUGUUCAUUGACUAUAGCUCAGCAUUCAACACCAUAGUACCCUCCAAGCUCAUCAUUAAGCUCAAGGCCCUGGGUCUGAACCCCGCCCUGUGCAACUGGGUCCUGGACUUCCUGACAGGCCACCCCCAGGUGGUGAAGGUAGGAAACAACAUCUCCACUUCGCUGAUCCUCAACACUGGGGCCCCACAAGGGUGCGUGCUCAGCCCCCUCCUGUACUCCCUGUUCACCCAUGACUGCGGGGCUAAGCACGCCUCCAACUCAAUCAUCAAGUUUGCAGACGACACAACAGUAGUAGGCUUGAUUACCAACAAUGACGUGACCGCCUACAGGGAGGAGGUGAGGGCUCAUCAACAAAACAAAGGAGAUGAUCGUGGACUUCAGGAAACAGCAGAGGGUGGACCCCCCUAUCCACAUCGACGGGACCGCAGUGGAGAAGGUGGAAAGCUUCAAGUUCCUUGGCGUACACAUCACCGACAAACUGAAAUGGUCCACCCACGCAGACAGUGUGGUGAAGAAGGCGCAAUAGAGCCUCUUCAACCUCAGGAGGCUGAAGAAAUUCGGCUUAGCACCUAAAACCCUCACAAACUUUUACAGAUGCACAAUUGAGAGCAUCCUGUCGGGCUGUAUCACCGCCUGGUACGGCAACUGCACUUCCCACAACCGCAGGGCUUUCCAGAGGGUGGUGCGGUCUGCCGAACGCAUUACUGGGGGCAAACUACCUGCCCUCCAAGACACAUACAGCACCCGAUGUCACAGGAAGGCCAAAAAGAUCAUCAAGGACAUCAACCACCCGAGCCACUGCCUGUUCACCCUGCUAUCAUCCAGAAGACGAGGUCAGUACAGGUGCAUCAAAGCUGGGACCGAGAGAAUGAAAAACAGCUUCUAUCUCAAGGUCAUCAGACUGUUAAAUAGCCAUCACUAGCACUUUAGAGGCUGCUGCUGCCUAUUGAAAACGCCAUAAAAAAGCCAGACUACGGUUUGCAACUGCACAUGGGGACAAAGAUCGUACUUUUUGGAGAAAUGUCCUCUGGUCUGAUGAAACAGAAAUAGAACUGUUUGCCCAUAAUGACCAUCGUUAUGCUUGGAGGAAAAAGGGGGUGGCUUGCAAGCCGAAGAACACCAUCCCAACCGUGAAGCAUGGUGGUGACAGCAUCAUGCUGUGGGGGUGCUUUGCUGCAGGAAGGACUGGUGCACUUCACACAAUAGAUGGCAUCAUGAGGAAGGAAAAUUAUGUGGAUAUAUUGAAGCAACAUCUCAAGACAUCAGUCAGGAAGUUAAAGCUUGGUCACAAAUGGGUCUUCCAAAUGGACAAUGACCCCAAGCAUACUUCCAAAGUUGUGGCAAAAUGGCUUAAGGACCAUGAAGUCAAGGUAUUGGAGUGGCCAUCACAAAGCCUGACCUCAAUCCUAUAGAAAGUUUGUGGGCAGAACUGAAAAAGCGUGUGCGAGCAAGGAGGCCUACAAACCUGACUCAGUUACACCAGCUCUGUCAGGAGGAAUGGGCCAAAAUCCCAACUUAUUGUGGGAAGCUUGUGGAAGGCUACCCGAAACGUUUGACCCAAGUUAAACAAUUUAAAGGCAAUGCUACCCAAUACUAAUUGAGUGUAUGUAAACUUCUGACAUAAAUCAUUCUCUCUACUAUUAUUCUGACAUUUCACAUUUUUCAAAUAAAGUGGUGAUCCUAACUGACCUAAGAAAUUGAAUUUUUACUAGGAUUAAAUGUCAGGAAUUGUGAAAAACUGAGUUUAAAUGUAUUUGGCUAAGGUGUAUGUAAACUUCCGACUUCAACUGUAUUUACAUAGUCAGAUAAAAUCAAACUUUAUUUAAAGUGCAUCUAAACAUUUCAGUACACUUGACAUUGAACUGAAAUACACAACAUUAGCUAACUUCUUUAAAUUGUGGAAAUUCUCAGAAGUUAUUGGAUCUUUCCUCAGCUACUGAAUGUGAUUAAUGAAAAUAAUAAAUGAAACAAAAUGGCUGCUGGUUAGAUUUUUCCCACCACAGUAAUUCCCUGUGAAAUCCAAAGCCAUAAAUAUGAUACAAGGCUAAAUCUCACCAGAUGAGCUUUUCAGGCUCAUUUAAAUUCUUUACAAAGCAGCAUAAAUUAUGAACAAAAUGUUUUUUUAUAGGUUUUUGGCUUGUUUUUUUGUUGGCAGUGUUGAAUGUUCGGUACAAGGCUGUACUGUGCGAUUAUAUACUGACUUAAUUUAUAAUUCAUUUGUGAUAAUAACCUUUGUGUGUCUCUAUGCGAUAAGGCUUGUGUGUAUGUGCAUUGUGUCUUUGUAAAUGUGCUUUGUUUGACUACAUCUGUCAAGUCUCUUGUGUGUGUGUGUGUGUGUGUCUCUGCCUGCAUGUGUCUACGUCCCUGGCUCUGUGUUUAUCUACAGAACUUCUAACCGUAUGUCUCUCCCUGUGUGUUCCAGUUCGACCCAGAGAGUUCAGGCUUCAUCAGUACAGAGCGGUUCAGGGACCUGCUGGCGGCCCACGGCUCGGAGCUGGACCCUCACAAGCUGGAGGUUCUAUUGGCCCUCGCCGACGGCAACGCAGACGGAAAGAUCUGCUACCAGGACUUUGUCAACCUGGUGAGAGUCACGAGUCACUUCCUGUUACCAUAGUAACUGAUAACCAUAAUAAUUGUAUAAGCAUAGCAUUGAUUAUACUGUACACCGAUUGGUCAUGUUGAGACAUAUAGUAGAGAGGAAGUGGUCUUAUGAUAUCAACCCUCUAUAAACGCAUCUACACCACUAUCAUCCUUCUACUCACCCAAGUCUCCAUGGAUAUUCCAUGGUAUUAGACAAGACAACACAGCUUGGUCUAAAUUGGCACUUUCACACGUCGUCUAGCUCCUGUUGUGUUUAACUUGAGAGUUUGAACUCUUGACCCUGGACGGUGAAGUCAUCUGGAGAAAUAAUCAAUUGUUUGGAAACGUUUAAAGUUGUGGCCGGUGGGGGGUGGGUUUGUGAAGGUUCCCAACUCUCCCCUCUCACUUUCCCUUUCUCCUAUUCUCUCUUUUUGUCUUCUCCGCUUCCUGCAAAGCUGUCCAUUGUCUUGUACAGUGGGCUGAGAACGGGCCUGUGGGAACUUGUGAAAGGGGAUCUUUGAUUGGUCGGUCCUGGUCAUGUCAAAGGUCAGGGCGAGGAACUGGAAGUGGGACAGAGAGGAAUGAGGAGCAUGUACUCAAGUGAUAUGUGUGUGUGUGUGUGUGUGUGUGUAUGCGUGUGUGUUGGGGGGCGUGGCUGCUAUUGUUACCCACAAAGACCGCCCCUCACCCCCCAUGGCUUUCACAUUCACUGGAACCACAACAGAAGCCAAGCAGGGUGAGGGAAGGAUAGAUGGAGAGAGGGAGGAGGAGGUGUGGGAGUGGGAGUGGGAGACAGGCUUGCUGGGGUUUAUUUGCAGUUCUAGCUUUACUUUGCACAGCUGCCUAUUCCAUAAAGCUGUCAGCGUGAUUGGGAGUUAUUGCCUAGCUCUCUCUUAUCUCUCUCGCUCUCUUUAUCUCCCUGCCUCUUCUCUCCGUCUCCCUCCCUCUCGCCCCUCGCUCUCCUCUCCCUCCCUCUCGCCCCUCGCUCUCCUCUCUCUUCCUCUCACUCCUCUCCCUGACAGUAUCUCCCAGUAUAGCAGUAGAUUGUCCCUGGUCCCUCAGUCCUUGCUGGAUGAAUACCAAUCUCUCUUCGCUGUGGGUGAAUAGAUAGAACAACAUUCCCUUUCUCUCUCUUUUUGAAGAGAAGAGAAAAGAGGACAAGAAUCGCCCCUGCACUGCUGGAAGAAAGAAGACUGUGUCUUUAUGGGGUUGGGCCAUGUGGGGUGACCUGGAGAGGAAUGUGUGUGUGGGGUGUGUGUGUGUGUGUGUGUGUGUGUGUGUGUGUGUGUGUGUGUGUGUGUGUGUGUGUGUGUGUGUGUGUGUGUGUGUGUGCGUGUGGUGCAGAAUGUGUGUGUUUGGUACUGUUUGAUCCCACUCUCUGUUUGGCUUUGGGGCUGGGAGUGGCCAUGGUAACCUACAGUCAUGAAGAAUCCCACACUAUCGCUUGACUGCAAUCAAGACUCACAUAAUUGUGGAUCUAUUCAAUUUGAAUGGUCAUUAUAGAUUGAAGAAUGGUGCUAUUGUAAACUACUUUUAGGAUCGGAGAGAGAAAGAGAGAGAGAGAGAGAGAUGUGGGAAUGAGAGAGAGCGAGAGAGAGAGAAAGAGAGCGAGUGGGAUGAGAGAGAGAGAGAGAGAGAGAGAGAGGGGAAUGAGAGAGAGAGUGAGAGGGGAAUGAGAGAGAGAGAGAGAGAGGGAGAGGAAUGAGGGAGAGAGAGAGAGAGACUUGUCCACAUUCCAUGUUCCAUAGGAGGACCAUGAAUAUUGCUAAUCUGGGUAGAAGGGCUGCGUUGUCAGGCAGCUGCCGCCAGUACUUGGGACGAGGAGAAGGGCUCAGCGGUUGCUAGGUGACGACAGAGGCAUUCUGUUGCUGGGGCGAGGUGGGAGGGUCUGGCAGCGUGGUUGCUGUCACAGUGGGAUGUAGGAUGGAGGGGCUCACAACAUAGGGGAGCUAUGACGACACACUAGGGUGUUGUAGAGAAGCCAGCAAUAGUUUCAAGACCUGUAAGGUUGGAAUUUCACUCAUAACAGUCUCACUCUCUCCAUCUCUCUCUCUCUAUUCCUCUCUCUCCCCUCUCGCAUCCCUCCCUCUCCAUAAAUCUCUCUCUACUUCUCUCUCUCCCUCCUCCCUCCCCUCUCCCUGCUAGAUGUCCAGCAAGCGCAGCAACAGCUUCCGGCGGGCUAUCCUCCAGGGGAGUCGUCAGCUGAAGGGGGCCGGGGCCCUGGGGGAGGAGGUGGGUCUGGGUCUGUCCCAGAGGCUGGUGAGGCACAUUGCCUACGAGACCCUGCCCCGGGAGAUCGACAGGAAGUGGUACUUCGACAGCUACACCUGCUGCCCACCACCCUGGCUCAUCCUGGCUAUCACCAUCGCUGAGGUAAGGUUCCACUCAUGUAGGGGUAAAUCCUAAAUUCUACUUCAGUCAAAUUCUCUUAGUCAUGCAUGAAUGUCAAUGGGAGACUAAGUGAAUAUUCGACUGAAGUGUAAAGUUGGCAUGUGCCCCUGGGAGAUUUAGGGCUUAACCCUUCUGAUGAGGGUUUGAUGCUGUAAAGUAUUGGUUUUGAUAAACAAGAGAACCCUAUCGUUCAACUUCUCUUUUCAAGAUAGUGUGAAUUGCCUUUUGUAAAGUUUGUCCUUCUUUUCUUCUAACUUGGUAGGACUGGGAGAUAGCAACAGUAUCAUUUAUAUUUUGCCCUUGGCUUCAACUCCCCAUUGAGAUAAGCCUUUGAAAUCAGUCUAUACUACUGUGAAACUACAUUGUUCAUGGAGGCAACCUAAAUAUCUCUGUGUUACCCCAGCCUGGGUGCCAGACUGAGAAGAAUGAAAACUAAAAUGUGUCUCUUAGGCUAGUACCCAGGCUAGAUCUUAUAUUCCUCUACAAUAACUUCCCCUCCCGUCCUCUAGGUGGCAGUGUUCAUGUACUAUGGUCUGCAGUUGGACCGCUGGGUGCUGCAGGUGUCCAGUCCCCACUUCCUGAGGGGCCCGCUGCCCUACCACCCCCAACUACGGAUUCAGGCCUGGAGAUACCUCAGCUACGCCUUCAUGCAUGCAGGGUGGGUACCUAGCCUGGGUCGGGGAGGGUAAGACUAUGCCCCCCUAUGAUCAGAUUAUGUCCCAAUAUACACACUUGCAUACUACUUAGUAUUUGGUGAUGUAUUGACCGUGCAUGCUAAUGCUAAGUAUGAAUAUUGGGGCAGACUGGCCAGCUGGCAUUUCGGGUAAAUGCCAGAUGGGCUGGUCCAUUUUUUUAUUGUUAGAAAUGCUAGGGCCGAUUUCUGGUCCCAGUCCGCCCCUGGCUCUCCCCGAAGCCUAUCCUCUGUUAUGUUUGUCAAUCAAGUCCUGGAUGUGCGUGUCACAGUCAUGUACAGUCCUACAGUGCAUUCAGAAAGUAUUCAGACCCCUUGACUUUUUCUACAUUUUGUUAGGUUACAGCCAUAUUCUAAAAUUGAUUAAAUUGUUUUUUUCCUCCUCAAUCUACACACAAAUGUUUUGCAAAUGUAUUAAAAAUUUGAAAUAUCACAUUUACAUAAGUAUUCAGACCCUUUACUCAGUACUUUGUUGAAGCAUCUUUGGCAGCAAUUACAGCCUUGAGUCUUCUUGGGUAUGACACUACAAGCUUGGCACACCUGUAUUUGGGGAGUUUCUCCCAUUCUUCUCUACAGAUCCUCUCAAGCUCUGUCAGGUUUGAUGGGGAGCGUCGCUGCACAGCUAUUUUCAGGUCUCUCCAGAGAUGUUCGAUCGGGUUCAAGUCCGGGGUCUGGCUGGGCCACUCAAGGACAUUCAGAGACUUGUCCCGAAGCCACUCCUAUGUUGUCUUGGCUGUGUGCUUAGGGUCGUUGUCCUGUUGGAAGGUGAACCUUUGCCCCAGUAUGAGGUCCUGAGCACUCUGGAGCAGGUUUUCUCUCUGUACUUUGCUCUGUUAAUCUUUCCCUCAAUUCUGACUAGUCCUCCAGUCCGUGCCGCUGAAAAACAUCCCCACAGCAUGAUGCUGCCACCACCAUGCUUCACGACAGGGAUGGUGCCAGGUUUCCUCCAGACGUGACACUUGGCAUUCAGGCCAAAGAGUUCAAUCUUUGUUUCAUCAGACCAAAGAAUCUUCCCAUGGUCUGAGAGUCCUUUAGGUGCCUUUUGGCAAACUCCAAGCGGGCUGUCAUGUGCCUUUUACUGAGGAGUGGCUUCCGUCUGGCCACUCUACCAUAAAGGCCUGAUUGGUGGAGUGCUGCAGAGAUGGUUGUCCUUCCUUCUGGAAGGUUCUCCCAUCUCCAUAGAGGAACUCUGGAGCUCUGUCAGAGUGACCUUCGGGUUCUUGGUCACCUCCCUGACCAAGGCCCUUCUCCCCCGAUUGCUCAGUUUGGCCGGGCCACCAGCUCUAGGAAGAGUCUUGGUGGUUCAAAUCUUCUUCCAUUUAAGAAUGAUGGAGGCUACUGUGUUCUUUCGGACCUUCAAGGUUGCAUACAUUUGUUGCUACCCUUCCCCAGAUCUGUGCCUCGACACAAUCCUGUCUCAGAGCUCUACGGACAAUUCCUUCAACCUCAAGGCUUGGUUUUUGCUCUGACAUGCACUGUCAACUGUGGGACCUUAUAUAGACAGGUGUGUGCCUUUCCAAGUCAUGUACAAUCAAUUGAAUUUACCACAGGUGGACUCCAAUCAAGUUGAUCAAUGGAAACAGGAUGCACCUGAGCUCAAAUUCGAGUCUCAUAGCAAAGGGUCUGAAUACUUAUAGUACCAGUCAAAAGUUUGGACACACCUACUCAUUCAUGGGGUUUUCUUUAUUUUUACUAUUAUCUACAUUGUAGAAAAAUAGUGAAGACAUCAAAACUAUGAGAUAACACAUAUGGAAUCAUGUAGUAACCAAAAAAGUGUUAAACAAAUCAAAAUAUAUUUUAGAUUUUAGAUUCUUCAAAGUAGACACCCUUUGCCUUGAUGACAGCUUUGCACACUCUUGGCAUUCUCUCAACCAGCUUCAUGACGUAAUAACCUGGAAUGCGUUUCAAUUAACAGGUGUGCCUUGUUAAAAGUUAAUUUGUGGAAUUUCUUUCCUUCUUAAUGCGUUUGAGCCAAUCAGUUGUGUUGUGACAAGGUAGUGGUGGUAUACAGAAGAUAGCCCUAUUUGGUAAAAGUCCAUAUUAUAGCGUGUGUAGAUUAAUGAGGGAAAAAAAUAAUUUAAUCCAUUUUAGAAUAAGGCUGUAACGUAACAAAAUUUGGAAAAAGUCAAGGGGUUUAAAUAUUUUCAGAAUGCACUGUAUACAGUAUAUACAUUGUCAUAUCUACUCUAUGGCUCUGUAGAGCAGUGUUUCUCAAUCUAUUCCUGGAUGUGUGUGUGUCGUGAUAUCACUUAAGUAUCAGCUGUCUCCUUUCCAAAUGAUUAUGCUCCCACACACACACCACAUCUGCUUCGUCAUGAAACAUACACACACACAGCUCUGAGAGAGGCGGAGGCUGCUGGGAAUAUAACCAAAUGUUUAACGUCCCAAAGCUCUGGCUCUCUAUCAGCAGUGCGUGUAGGAGAGGUCGUUCAGUGUUGUGACUGCCACACUCCCAGAAUCCACAUACACGUGUCCUUCAUGCCCACAGAGCCUGCACUCAGCACUGACACAUGUGGGUGCCACAGCAGAAUCCAAAAGACAGGAGUUCUCCUAGUUGUCCCUCUCUCUCUCCCAGCUUAGUGGACAUAGUUUAACCUUCCCAUUUAUAACAUAGCAACGAUAGCAUGCCAAAACCAGGCCAAAAAACCCAGUGUGUUUCAGCCUCAGAUAUUAUGAACACAUUGGUUUAAAAUCCCUACAGCGGAGGUAUCCAUAGAAACAAAUCCCCAAACAGAAUAAAAUCUAUGAGUUGUUUUGUUGAAGCGUACAAGAGUCCUCUUGGUGUAGUGAGAGAAUGAGAGAAUCAUUGUAGUUGACAAUGAGACAAGGGCGAUAUUGAUUGGCUUGUGGAGGAGCAAGGCUUUGUCCAAAUACACAAGGACGUUCCACUGGAGAUUAAAAGGACUAUUCAUUUCCCAAUGCUAACCAGUCCAAGAGGGAUGCCUCCACACACACACACACACACACAUGCACACACACACACACACACACACACACACACACACACACGCACACACAAAAACACACACACAAAAACACACACACACAUACAGAAAUGCACAUGCACACACACAAACACACACACGUUCCUAUGAGAAUACAUCCCGUUGUCUCUACACAAUGGCACAGACAAAUACAUGGAUCACUGUCAUUCUCUAGACAACCACAAAGGAAAACAAAGAACGCAAUGCUGUUUUCACUGAGCUGCUGUACAGUACACUCAAUGCCAGCUUAAAGGCGGGAAAAUAAGUCAAAUCCUGCUUUUACAUUGAUGAUAACAUAAGGAGUUAAGCAGCCGAAACGUGAUAGAGCAGAGAUGCCGUUCAAAUCUUAAGUGUCUGGGAAAUGGCUUAGUCUUUGGUCAAUGGUAAUCUACAAAAAUUUGUCCUAGACCCCCUAAAAUAAAAAAUACAAUACAAAGUUCCUUCUACCAGACAGCAGCUAGUCCUACCUGUAGAGUUAGUGGAGGGUUGUCCUGUGCUGUUUGUGGACAGAUACAGUUGAAGUCGGAAGUUUACAUACACUUAGGUUGGAGUCAUUAAAACUUGUUUUUCAACCACUCCACACAUUUCUUGUUAACAAACUAUAGUUUUGGCAUGUCGGUUAGGACAUCUACUUUGUGCAUGACACAAGUAAUUUUUCCAACAAUUGUUUACAGACAGAUUAUUUCACUUAUAAUUUACUGUAUCACAAUUCCAGUGGGUCAGAAGUUUACAUACACUAAGUUGACUGUGCCUUUAAACAGCUUGGAAAAUUCCAGGAAAUUAUGUCAUGGCUUUAGAAGCUUCUGAUAGGCUAAUUGACAUAAUUUGAGUCAAUUGGAGGUGUACCUGUGGAUGUAUUUCAAGGCCUACCUUCAAACCCAGUGCCUCUUUGCUUGACAUCAUGGGAAAAUCAAAAGAAAUCAGCCAAGACCUCAGAAAAUAAAUUGUAGACCUCCACAAGUCUGGUUCAUCCUUGGGAGCAAUUUCCAAACGCCUGAAGGUACCACGUUCAUCUGUACAAACAAUAGUACGCAAGUAUAAACACCAUGGGACCACGCAGCUGUCAUACCGCUCAGGAAGGAGACGCGUUCUGUCUCCUAGAGAUGAACGUACUUUGGUGUGAAAGUGCAAAUCAAUCCCAGAACAACAGCAAAGGACCUUGUGAAGAUGCUGGAGGAAACAGGUACAAAAGUAUCUAUAUCCACAGUAAAACAAGUCCUAUAUCGACAUAACCUGUAAGGCCGCUCAGCAAGGAAGAAGCCACUGCUCCAAAACCGCCAUAAAAAAGCCAGACUACGGUUUGCAACUGCACAUGGGGACAAAGAUCGUACUUUUUGGAGAAAUGUCCUCUGGUCUGAUGAAACAAAAAUGGUACUGUUUGGCCAUAAUGACCAUCGUUAUGUUUGGAGGAAAAAGGGGGCAGCUUGCAAGCCGAAGAACACCAUCCCAACCGUGAAGCACAGGGGUGGCAGCAUCAUGCUGUGGGGGUGCUUUGCUGCAGGAGGGACUGGUGCACUUCACAAAAUAGAUGGCAUCAUGAGGAAGGAACAUUUUGUGGAUAUAUUGAAGCAACAUCUCAAGACAUCAGUCAGGAAGUUAAAGCUUGGUUGCAAAUGGGUCUUCCAAAUGGACAAUGACCCCAAGCAUACUUCCAAAGUUGUGGCAAAAUGGCUUAAGGACCAUGAAGUCAUGGUAUUGGAGUGGCCAUCACAAAGCCCUGACCUCAAUCCUAUAGACAAUUUGUGGGCAGAACUGAAAAAGCGUGUGCGAUCAAGGAGGCCUACAAACCUGACUCAGUUACACCAGCUCUGUCAGGAGGAAUGGGCCCAAAUUCACCCAACUUAUUGUGGGAAGCUUGUGGAAGGCUACCCGAAACGUUUGACCCAAGUUAAACAAUUUAAAGGCAAUGCUACCCAAUACUAAUUGAGUGUAUGUAAACUUCUGACCCACUGGGAAUGUGAAGAAAGAAAGAAAAGAUAAAUAAAUCAUUCUCUCUACUAUUAUUCGGACAUUUCACAUUCUUAAAAUAAAGUGCCGAUCCUAACUGACCUAAGACAGGGAAUUUUUACUAGGAUUAAAUGUUAGGAAUUGUGAAAAACUGAGUUUAAAUGUAUUUGGCUAAGGUGUAUGUAAACUUCUGACUUCAACUGUAUGUGCAUUCUGUUUGUGUUGUUGUAGGAUUGGGAGGGUAUCAGCAGUGUUGUUGAGCCAGUGAAGGGAUUACAUUGUGGAGGGGUGUAAUAUGUCGGACAUAUCACAGUCAGAGAGAUCACUACGCAGCCAGUCAGAUAGAUAGAGAGAGGAGAUGAGGGACACUGUAAAAGCCUGUUAGGGAUCCAGCACCAUCGUUGGACUGAGAGGACAGAGCUAAAAUCUCAGCCAAUGAUGACGCAUCAAACGUGUCAACUGCCAGCACAUGGCAGCAGGAGCCAAGCAAUGCUGGAUCAAUACUGAGACAUCAUCUACAAAAGGUUUACCGGAGGUUUAUUGCUGUUCCUGAAGUGUUCCCAGAAUGUUGAUGCACUAGCACUAGAGCCAAAACCAGUGGAUAGCACUGCUGCAAUACAGUUGGCCUAGUUCGGAUGUUGUAGUAAAGCCUACAUGUUAACUCCUUUCCCUCCACAAGCAUAUUAUCCCCAGUCACCAUUGGCCCUUUAAACAUGUGUUGUUGUUGAUAAUGGCGGUAUGAGCUGCUUCCUAGAGCUGCUGUAAGCCCCCUCAGGGGAGACUAUUACAGUAUGUUCACUAGAUAACCAAUGUAUGUUAAAUGUCUUACUUGCUCUGUGGGCACGAUUAUCUUCAGCAACACAUUGCCUCUCCAUCCAUCCAUCCAUCCAUCCAUCCAUCCAUCCAUCCAUCCAUCAUCCAUCCACCAUCCAUCCAUCCAUCCAUCAUCUCAACCAUCAUCCAGCAUCAGCAUCCAUCCUCCAUCAUCCAUCAGCCUCCUCCACCAUCCAGGCUACAACAUUGGGUGGGUAAUUUAAUUUACGAAUUAUUUGCGUUCUAUUAGCAUUUUAUUAGAGUUCUUUAUUACCUAGGAACACAUUAUCAGGCCAGUAUAGGCUAAUUAAACCAGAUUAACCGUGGGAACGGCGCGGAUAAGACAUGUAGGCUGUGGCGCAUGGUGGAGGGGGUAGAGUAAGGCUGAGUGUAGCAAUUAAAGUAACUGUAGGCACGGACGCUCCUACAAACGGAUCCUAAAGCUAUAGAGGCAUCCAAUACAGAGACUUAAAACAAAUGUCCGGGCCCGGAUUCAUACAGCAUCUCAGAGUAGGAGUGCUGAUCUUGGAUCAGUUUGACCUUUUAGAUCAUAAUUCAUGAGAUUAGGUGUACUCAGAGCAUGCGCGGACCAACUGUCAAGUGUCUUCACUGACAUUUUCAAUCUCUCCCUGACCGAGUCUAUAAUACCUACAUGUUUCAAGCAGACCACCAUAGUCCCUGUGCCCAAGAAAUGAAGGUAACCUGCCUAAAAGACUACCGCCCCGUAGCACUCACGUCGGUAGCCAUGAAGUGCUUUGAAAGGCUGGUCAUGGCUCACAUUAACACCAUCAUCCCGGAAACCCUAGACCCACUCCAAUUCGGAUACCGCCCCAACAGAUCCACAGAUGACGCAAUCGCACUCCACACUGCCCUUUCCCACCUGGACAAAAGGAACACCUAUGUGAGAAUGCUGUUCAUUGACUACAGCUCAGCGUUCAACACCAUAGUGCCCACAAAGCUUAUCACUAAGCUAAGGACCCUGGAACUAAACACCUCCCUCUGCAACUGGAUCCUGGACUUCCUGACGGGCCGCCGCCAGGUGGUAAGGGUAGGCAACAACACAUCUGCCACGCUGAUCCUCAACACGGGGUUCCCUCAGGGGUGCACGCUAAGUCCCCUCUUGUACUCCCAAGUACGACUCCAACACCAUCAUUAAGUUUGCUGACGACACAACGGUGGUAGGCCUGAUCACCGACAAUGAUGAGACAGCCUAUAGGGAGGAGGUCAGAGACCUGGCAGUGUUGUGCCAGGACAACAACCUCUCCCUCAACGUGAGGAAGACAAAGGAGAUGAUCGUGGACUACAGGAAAAGGAGGGCCGAACACGCCCCCAUUCACAUCGACGGGGCAGUGGAGCGGGUCGAGAGUUUCAAGUUCCUUGGUGUCCACAUCACCAACAAACUAUCAUGGUCCAAACACACCAAGAAAGUCGUGAAGAGGGCACGACAAUGCCUUUUCCCCCUCAGGAGACUGAAAAGAUUUGGCUUGGGUCCCGAGAUCCUCAAAAAUGUAUACAGCUGCACCAUCGAGAGGAUCCUGACCGGUUGCAUCACCACCUGGUAUGGCAACUGCUCGGCAUCCGACCGUAAGGCGCUACAGAAGGUAAUGCGUACAGCCCAGUACAUCACUGGGGCCAAGCUUCCUGCCAUCCAGGACCUACAGUGGGGAAAAAAAGUAUUUAGUCAGCCACCAAUUGUGCAAGUUCUCCCACUUAAAAAGAUGAGAGAGGCCUGUAAUUUUCAUCAUAGGUACACGUUAACUAUGACAGACAAAAUGAGAAAAAAAAUAUUUUGUUAUUUACUUCGAUCUGGAGACUGGCUAGGCCACUCCAGGACCUUGAAAUGAUUCUUACGAAGCCACUCCUUCGUUGCCCGGGCGGUGUGUUUGGGAUCAUUGUCAUGCUGAAAGACCCAGCCACGUUUCAUCUUCAAUGUCCUUGCUGAUGGAAGGAGGUUUUCACUCAAAAUCUCACGAUACAUGGCCCCAUUCAUUCUUUCCUUUACACGGAUCAGUCGUCCUGGUCCCUUUGCAGAAAAACAGCCCCAAAGCAUGAUGUUUCCACCCCCAUGCUUCACAGUAGGUAUGGUGUUCUUUGGGUGCAACUCAGCAUUCUUUGUCCUCCAAACACGACGAGUUGAGUUUUUACCAAAAAAGUUCUAUUUUGGUUUCAUCUGACCAUAUGACAUUCUCCCAAUCCUCUUCUGGAUCAUCCAAAUGCACUCUAGCAAACUUCAGACGGGCCUGGACAUGUAUUGGCUUAAGCAGGGGGACACGUCUGCACUGCAGGAUUUGAGUCCCUGGCGGCGUAGUGUGUUACUGAUGGUAGGCUUUGUUACUUUGGUCCCAGCUCUCUGCAGGUCAUUCACUAGGUCCCCCCGUGUGGUUCUGGGAUUUUUGCUCACCGUUCUUGUGAUCAUUUUGACCCCACGGGGUGAGAUCUUGCGUGGAGCCCCAGAUCGAGGGAGAUUAUCAGUGGUCUUGUAUGUCUUCCAUUUCCUAAUAAUUGCUCCCACAGUUGAUUUCUUCAAACCAAGCUGCUUACCUAUUGCAGAUUCAGUCUUCCCAGCCUGGUGCAGGUCUACAAUUUUGUUUCUGGUGUCCUUUGACAGCUCUUUGGUCUUGGCCAUAGUGGAGUUUGGAGUGUGACUGUUUGAGGUUGUGGACAGGUGUCUUUUAUACUGAUAACACGUUCAAACAGGUGCCAUUAAUACAGGUCAUGAGUGGAGGACAGAGGAGCCUCUUAAAGAAGAAGUUACAGGUCUGUGAGAGCCAGAAAUCUUGCUUGUUUGUAGGUGACCAAAUACUUAUUUUCCACCAUAAUUUGCAAAUAAAUUAAUAAAAAAUCCUACAAUGUGAUUUUCUGGAUUUUUUUUCCUCAAUUUGUCUGUCAUAGUUGACGUGUACCUAUGAUGAAAAUUACAGGCCUCUCUCAUCUUUUUAAGUGGGAGAACUUGCACAAUUGGUGGCUGACUAAAUACUUUUUUCCCCCACUGUAUGUACUAGGCGGUGUCAGAGGAAGGCCCAAAAAAUUGUCAAAGACUCUAGUCAUUCAAGUCAUAGACCUUUCUCUCGGCUACCGCACAGCAAGCGGUACCGGAGCGCCAAGUCUAGGUCCAAAAGGCUCCUUAACAGCUUCUACCCCCAAGCCAUAAGACUGCUGAACAAUUAAUCAAAUGGCCACCCGGACUAAUAGCAUUUUUACACUGCUGUUCCUUGCUGUUUAUUAUCUAUGCAUAGUCACUUUACCCCUGUCUACAUGUACAAAUGACCUCAACUAACCUGUACCCCCACACAUUGACUCGGUACCGGUACCCCCUGUAUAUAACCUCAUUAUUGUUCUUUUAUUUUAUUCUGUUACUUUUAUUUUUAUUUUAUUAGUUUAUUCAGUAAAUAUUUUCUUAACUCUAUUUCUUAAACUGCGUUGUUGGUUAAGGGCUUGUAAGUAAGCAUUUCACGGUAAGGUCUACACCUGUUGUAUUCGGCGCAUGUGACAAAAAAUUUGAUUUUAUUUAGAUUACAUGAACAGGGGGACCUGAUCCUAGAUCAGGCCUUCUACUCCCAGGAUUGAAACAUUGCUCUACAGAUAAAAUAUAUAAUAUGACCAUAAACUGUAUAUGACUGUGGAUGUGUCCUGUCCUUUAACUAACGGCUGUGUGUUGUGUCCCAGCAGGAUAGAACACCUGGGUCUGAACAUGGCCAUGCAGCUGCUGGUGGGAGUCCCUCUGGAGAUGGUCCAUGGAGCGCUGAGGAUAGGACUGGUCUACGUGUGUGGCGUACUGGCAGGUGAGUACUGGAUUAGGGUACACACACAAACUGACGGAUGAACACACACACAGGGUGCAGGUGCACGCACGCAUACACACACACACACACACACACAUCUCCCAGCCUUCAUGUUCAUAAACGGGCCUGGUCCCAUCUGAGUAGGUGUGUGUAUUCAACCCCCUGCUAUCAGGCUUCACCCCACUGUGUUUGGAUAACAGUCAUUCAGAACACACGGAUGUUUGGGACAGAUGGGCUUGUGUUCUGACAGGGUUUCUUGUUGUGUCUCUUCAAAGGCUUGGUUUUUUUUCUGACAAUGUUGAGCGUCAAUGUUCCCCCACCGGUCCAGGACAACAGAGAGAGGGGGAAGUGAAUCAUCUCAAAACACAUUCCAGAGAGAGAGAGAAGGAGGGAUUGAGGGAGGGAGGUAAAGGAGAGAGAGAGACUUGUUCAUGUUCCAUAGGAGGUCCAUGAACAUUGAGAGAGAGCAAAAGGACCAAGCCUACUAGGAUGUUAUGCAUCAGAGAGAGGAAGAGGCUUUGAAGGCAAAUGUCAUCUCUAGCUCCCUAGUGACAUUAGCUGCUAAUGUCAUUUGAACGCCCAGGGCUCCCCUAUCUCCCUCUGCCUCCCCUCCCUCCUCUCUCCCCUCUCCCCCCGGCCCAGCUCAGGCUUGGCUCAUUGUGGCUCAGUGCUCAGUGAUUACCAUAUGACCAUGGGGUAUGUUCUACACUGCGUACUCAUCAUGCAGUGUACAUGAGGAGUGGUGAUAAUCCAGCUUUAGCUUCAACUACCUCUGGAGCCAAACAAAUAUUAUCAGGGAUUUCUGCCUGCUGCCCUCUGGGAACUAAAUGCUCAGGAAAUAUUUGGAGUGGAAAUAUUUGGAUGAAAAUUGAUGAUGUUUGAGAGACGUGUGGGGAUAUUUAGCAGGGAUAUAACAGCCCUGUGGGUGAGUGGGAAGAAGCUGUAGAAGGGCAGGGUAAGGGAUUGCCAGCAGAGAGUGCAAUGGUGAUUAAAUGAUCACAUCUCCCAUUCCGUGUGUGUGUGUGUUUAUUUUACAUUGGCGUGUGUGUUUGUGUUUAUGUUGGUGUGUGUUUGUGGAGAUAAAUACUCUAUAUGUGUAUGAGGCUUUGUAUCUGGUGUGUACACAGAAGCCUUUUGGCCCCAGCUGUAUUGGCCUGUAUCUAUAACCCCCCCCCCCCCACACACACACACACACACACUCACACACAGAUAGUGGUGGUACUGAGAGGGUCACUGUCCCCACGGGAACCUGCUGGUUAAUUAGAUAUCGACCCACUGGAAGGAGGAGUGUAUGUGUGUGUCUGUGUGUGUGUGUGUGUGUGUGUGUGUGUGUGUGUAGGGAGGUUGUCUUUGUGUUGUUUUGUCUGGGAUAAUGUUGUUAUGGUGGGAAGGCUCAGAGUCAGAGGUGAAAAGGGACUCAGGUGACCAGCGAGAAGUCAAUACUUAGAGAGACUCAUGAUCGAAUGCCUGCACAAACAACAAAAACACAUACACACAUCAUAUGUUUUACUAUCCUUGUGGGGACCUAAAAUUGUUUUCCAUUAAAUAUCCUAUUUUCCUUAAACCAUAAAUCCUAACGCUAACCCCUUAUCCUUACCCUAAUUCCUGCCCUACCCUAAUUGUAACCCAAACCCUAAACCUAACCCCUAAGCCUAAAAUAGUAUUUGUCCAAAUGUCCUCACAAGUGAUAAUGUUCCUUGUUUUACUAUCCUUGUGGGGACUUUUGGGGAUUUCCGGUACCCACAAGGAUAGUAAUACAAGCCCACACACACUCUCACACACACACACACACACACACACACACACACACACACACACACACACAUACGUAGAGACACAGAGAGAGAGAGAGAUAAACACUGAAUUGCCACUUUCUGUAUCUGAUUAUUAUACGUAGAGACACACAGAGACACACAGAGAGAGAGAGAGAAACACUGAAUUGCCACUUUCUGUAUCUGAUUAUUAUAAGAUGACUCUGAAGUUUUAAAGGACAGUCAGUAACUUUGAACACUACCUGUCUCUGUUGAUGAGUAGCACUGAUGCUGUGUAGAUAAUGUGGCCAAACGUAGUAUUCCCUCAUUGGCAGCAGGAUUCAUCUCUGUGUCCUAGUUUGGAAGUUUAACCAACAAACAAGAUAAAUGACACAUCAGUUUCUCACCCAACAACUGACCCAUUGGGCCUCCAGAGAGGCUACAAAGGGAAGGAAGUCCUUUAGUGGGUGUGGGUGUUGUUACAGUGAUAAAACAAUAAUAUUAACAGAGAUAAUUGUGGUAAUAAUGGUCUUCCCAUCUGUCUACACACACACACCUUGAGCAGAGGAACCAGGGUGGUGUUUGUUGUCUAACAGGUGUAUGUGUCUCUCUCUUUGUGUGUGUAUAUUUCUCUCUCUCUUUCUGUUUCUGUGUGUUUGUGUGUGUGUGUGUCUCAGGAAACAUGUAAUCAUCUGCUUAGAUCUCCAUUUAGUGAUUGAUGCUUAAAUACAUUUUAAUUACACACACACACCUCCUCUGCUUUGAUCUAAAUGACACCUGGUAAGAGCCUACUUCAGGAAGAGCACUAGCUACUUCAACUAGUUCAGGUAUUUCAGUUAAUACAGUACAUUCAUACAUUUCUAGUUAGUUGAUGAUGUGAUGUACUGUUAAACUUCUAAGUGAUGAUUUAGUGGCUGCUUGGUCUCAGUGUGUGUGUGUGUGUGUGUGUGUGUGUGUGUGUGUGUGUGUGUGUGUGUGUGUGUGUGUGUGUGUGUGUGUGUGUGGUGUGUGUGAGCGUGCUCAUAUGUACAUACAUGUGUAUUUGUAUGCAUGAACAGUAUUUGUAUGACUUCAGAUAUGCAGUGGUGUAAAGUACACUACGUAAAAAUACUUUAAAGUACUACUUAAGUAGUUUUUUGGGGUAUCUGUACUUUACUUUACUAUUUAUAUUUUUGACUACUUUUACUUUUACUUCACUACAUUCCUAAAGAAAAUAAUUUACUUUUUACUCCAUAUAUUUUCCCUGAAACCCAAAAGUACUCGUUACACUUUGAAUGCUUAGCAGGACAGGAAAAUGGUCCAUUCACACACUUAUCAAGAGAACAUCCCUGGUCAUCCCUACUGCCUCUGAUCUGGCGGGCUCACUAAACAUUUUUACAUUUACAUUUUAGUCAUUUAGCAGACGCCCUUAUCCAGAGCGACUUACAGGAGCAAUUAGGGUUAAGUGCCUUGCUUAAGGGCACAUCGACAGAUUUUCACCUAGUCGGCUCAGGGAUUAGAAUCAGCGACCUUUCGGUUACUGGCACAACGCUCUUACCCACUAAGCUACCGCUCUUACAUGCUUCGUUUGUAAAUGAUGGCUGAGUGUUGGAGUGUACCCCUGGCUAGCCAUAAAUUACAAAAACAAGAAAAUGGUGCCGUCUAGUUUGCUUAAUAUAAGGAAUUUUAAAUGAUUUAUUCUUUUACUUUUGAUACUUAAGUAUAUUUUAGCAAUUACAUUUACUUUGAUACUUAAGUAUAUUUAAAACCAAAUACUUUUAGACUUUUACUCAAGUAGUAUUUUACUGGGUGACUUUCACUUUUACUUGAGUCAUUUUCCAUUAAGGUAUCUUUACUUUUACUCAAGUAUGACAAUUGGGUACUUUUUCCACCACUGCACAUACUGUAUGUGUGUUUGUGCCUGGGCUCACCCCUUCAUUGGCAAGAUUAGCAAACUUAGGCAUGACAUGCCAGCAACAAACGCUGACACUACACAUCCAAGUAUAACUGGUCAAAUUAUGAAAGACAAGCAUUGUAAUUUUGAAUUCCGUAAAGUGAGUGUGGAAGAGGUGAAAAAAAGUAUUGUUGUCUAUCAACAAUAACAAGCCACUGGGGUCUGAGAACUUGGAUGGAAAAUUACUAUGGAUAAUAGCAGACGAUAUUGAAACUCCUAUUUGCCGUAUCUUCAAUCUAAGCCUACUAGAAAGUGUGUGCCCUCAGGUCUGGAGGGAAGCAAAAGUAAUUCCGCUACCCAAGAAUAGUAAAGCCCCCUUUACUGGCUCAAAUAGCUGACCAAUCAGCCUGUUACCAACCCUUAUUAAACUUUUUGAGAAAAUAAUUGUUUGACCAGAUACAAUGCUAUUUUACUGUAAACAAAUUGACAACAGACUUUCAGCAUGCUUAUAGGGAAGGACAUUCAACAAGCACAGCACUUACAGAAAUUACUGAUAAUUGGCUGAGAGAAAUUGAUGAUAAAAAGAUUGUGGGAGCUGUUUUGUCAGAUCAUAGUCUGCUGCUGGAAAAAAACGUAUGUGUUAUGGCUUUACACCCCUCGCUAUAUUGUGGAUAAAGAGUUACUUGUCUAACAGAACACAGAGGGUUUUCUUUAAUGGAAGCCUAUCCAACAUAAUCCAGGUAGAAUCAGGAAUUCCCCAGAGCAGCUGUCUAGGCCCAUUACUUUUUUCAAUCUUUACUAAUGACAUGCCACUGGCUUUGAGUAAAGCCAGUGUGUCUAUGUAUGCGGAUGACUCAACACUAUACAUGUCAGCUACUACAGCGAGUGAAAUCACUGCAACACUUAACAAAGAGAUGCAGUUAGUUUCAGAAUGAGUGGCAAGGAAUUAGUUAGUCCUAAAUAUUUCAAAACUGAAAGCAUUGUAUUUGGGACAAAUCAUUCACUUAACCCUAAACCUAAACUAAAUAUUGUACUAAAUGAUGUGGACAUUUAGCAAGUUGAGGUGACUAAACUGCUUGGAGUAACCCUGGAUUGUAAACUGUCAUGGUCAAAACAUGUUGAUACAACAAUAGCUAAGAUAGGGAGAAGUCUGUCCAUAAUAAAACACUGCUCUGCCUUCUUAACAACACUAUCAACAAGGCAGGUCCUACAGGCCCUAGUUUUGUCGCACCUGGACUACUGUUCAGUCGUGUGGUCAGGUGCAACAAAGAGGGACCUCGGAAAAUUACAAUUGGCUCAGAACAGGGCAGCCCGGCUGGCCCUUAAAUGUACACGGAGAGCUAACAUUAAUAAUAUGCAUGUAAAUCUCUCAUGGCUCAAAGUGGAGGAGAAAUUGACUUCAUCACUACUUGUUUUUGUAAGAAGUGUUGAGGUGUCUGUUUAAACUACUAGCACAUAGCUCGGACACCCAUGCAUAUCCCACAAGACAUGCCACCAGAGGUCUCUUCACAAUCCCCAAGUCAAGAACAGACUAUGGGAGGCACACAGUACUACGUAGAGCCAUGGCUACAUGGAACUCUAUUCAGUUUUAAAAAACAGAUACAAAUACACCUUAUGGAACAGAGGGGAAUGUGAAGAGACACACACAGGCACAGACACACGCUUACACAUACACAUGAUAAGACACGCACUCUACACACACGUACACAUGGGUUUUGCAUUGUAGAUAUGUGGUAGUAGAGUAAUGGCCUGAGGGAAUGCACUUAAUGUGUUGUGAAAAGUGUUAUGAAAUGUAAUGUACAUUUUAAAUUGUAUAUAACUGCCUUAAUGUUGCGGGACCCAGGAAAAGUAGCUGCUUCUUGGCAGCAGCUAAAGGGGAUCCUUAAUAAAUACAAAAUACAAAAAUACCCCUUGCUGUUUUCCUUCCAUAAAUAGCAGCUUGAUUGUGAUUACUUAUUAUGGUAUGGUGAUUUAACCUUUUACUGCAGUGGGCUAAAUCCUGGUCACACACUGUUUCUUGGUAGUCUUAAACAAAUCUACUUUGAAACAAAAGUUUUCAACUCACACACGUGAUUAUGGGCUUAAGAAAAAUAAGACAACUGUACCAUGUCAGAUAUAGUCUAAAUGUAUUCAAUUUUGAGUUUGCAUCCCAAUAUUACAAUUUAUACUGUAUACAUCACAGAAGACUGAAAUAUAACAAAACCUUUUGACAUAGAAACACCGGAUUUUCGGCGUAAAAAAAGUAUAAUGUUAAUAACAUUCCACCCAUGAGGCCACUAGGUCAUUUGACUGCAGGAAAGGGCUGCUAUAGUGAAGCUCCCACAGAGCAGACUCUUCAUGACAGCAGCCAUACCUAUAUACACAUACAGUGGAGAUCAUUCAUCACAUGUUCCCCUGCGUCUCAUGUAGUUAGCAUCCAUAAUUCAAGCAAGCCGGCCAAUGGUCGCUGAGCUAAGGUGUGGGGAGGAUACACCCCUGGGGUAUAGUGUGUGGGGGUAGGUGGGCGGGCGUGCAUGUGUUUGUGUGUGUCUGCGCACACAUGCCUGCAUAUAGAGUGUGUGUGUCAGAACUCCUCUGUCCACACACCCUCCUAGGGAAUACUAUGAACUCUCUCUCCCCCCCCAGCAAGCAGUUCUCUAUUGCUCUGGUUGUAUCUGUUGCUCUGGUUGUAUUACACCAAUGUUCACUGGGGAUUCAAUCAUUCACUUGCCCCAUAUUCACUCCUUUCAAUGCCUGGACAAUUUAGUCCCGUGUAGCUCAGUUGGUAGAGCAUGGCGUUUGCAACGCCAGGGUUGUGGGUUCGUUUCCCACGGGGGACCAGUAUGAAAAAAACUAAAAACAUGUAUGCACUCACUAACUGUAAGUCGCUCUGGAUAAGAGUGUCUGCUAAAUGACUAAAAUGUAAAAUGUAAAUGGUUGACUCUUCUGUGAAUGGGGUGAAUUGGUGCCACGAUGGUACCAGUGGUAACCUUUAUUCAGUGUAACACUAACAGUCUACUAACAGACUGUGUUGAUACAUAUUAUUCUUAAAAUGAUCAAUGGCGACUAAUGUAAGCCUCUGUUUGUGCUUCAACACAACAACAAAAAACAUCACGAGUGACUGCAUUCAUAUACAGUGUCUACUGUUUCUACCUAUGAAUGUUAUUUAUUUGAAGCUGCUCAUUGAAUCAAUGAUUAUUAUUCAAAGCUGCUCUGAGAUACAUUAUGGCUAUGGAUAUGAAUUGACAUAUUGAAUAUGAAUUGCCCCAGUGAAUAUGAAGGUGAUUGAUUAUUUGAUUGAUUCAAACCUCUGACCUCUAACCUCUGACCCUGGCAGGCUCCCUGGCCGUGUCUGUCACUGAUAUGACUGCUCCGGUGGUGGGGUCGUCUGGAGGAGUCUACGCCCUGGUCUCAGCACACCUGGCCAACGUCGUCAUGGUAAGGGUGUGUGUGUGUGUGUGUGUGUGUGUGUGUGUCAGAGCAGCUCUCUUGUCAUGAGAUAACUAUCAUGCUCAGACAUACAUCAUGUGGCAUCAAAGCAGGGCAUUCUGGGGCCCAGCAGGUGCUCUGUCUGUCUAUGGAUUCCAUACAUUCCUGCCUUUCAGCUUUCCCAUUUACAAAGAGAGGAAGUGUGUGUCGACUAUCUAGUGUUGAAAAGUGUUUCUCUCUGUGUGUGUGUGUGUGUGUGUGUGUGUGUGUGUGUGUGUGUGUUGCACGUGAGUGAGUGUGCACUGUGUCGAGUUGAAGAGUGUACACAUCCUAUCAGGGAUGGGAAUUAGAUCAUGGUCAUAUAACUUGAUUUUCUCCCAUUCCGAGGCUGAAUGUAAAUUCACCUUUGACCUUAGCUAUGCUCUGAUUGGUUCAGUCCAUGCAUACUACACUACAAGGUCAUGACCUUAGAAGUAGGGGCCAUAAGGCCAUACCGCUGUCUAUAUAAUAGGAUGGUCCCAGUCAUCAACUAUUUACACUGGUGGGCCCUUCACAGUCCUCAGGAGUCCUUCCUCCUACAACAACAAGCAAAGAGAGAAGGUCAAGGGUCAUCAUGUGAUAUCUUUUUUUGGCUCUGAAAGCUAUCAUGAAAGGGGAAAGAUAUGUUAUUGUUGUAAUCUAUGUGUCACUCUGAAUGUUGACAGUUCUGUAAGUCGCUUUGGAUAAAAGUGUCUGUUACAUUACUGUAUUAAGCAUUUAAUGAAAGAGGCUUAGUGUCAUGGAUUGUGGUAUCAUUAUUAAUAGGGCCAGGAGUUUUUCCUGGUCAGGCUACGUGGUCAGGGACAAACCCAGGUCCAUGUUAUCUAACAUGGGAAAACUCCUGGCCUGAAUCAUAAACCCUUCAUAUUGCACUCUCUCUCACUCCUUUUCUCAUCAACUCACUCUGCUCCUCUCUCCCCAGAACUGGUCAGGAAUGAAAUGUCAGUUUAAGCUGUUCCGGAUGGCCAUGGCUCUGGUCUGCAGUAAGUCUGUCUAAACUCUGAAGUUUCUCUAUAUUAAAAUCCUAUCUGAGAUACCCCAGUCCCUACAGCACUGAAGGACUAGCUACGGCCUGCAGGUAAUCAAAACCAACACACAGUUUAUUUGGAUCAUUAAAAAACUAAGUCGCUAGAGGGACCUCCACCCUUGCGUACUGUUACAACAACCUUGCUCUUGACCUAGUUAGUAACGUGGUGGAUGUAGGUUUGUAGACAGGAAGGGCCCUGUGGCUAGCAAUAGAAGCAUAGAAAGAACAGACCCACCCAUGUAAGAUUAAUGUGAGCAACGAGGACGGGUUUGUUGUGGUCUUAACCUUUAUAGUACAUAACCAACUUCUUCUUUUUCACUUUAGUAUAAGCAUACUCUUACAAUUUGGCGAGUUACCAUGAUUUGUAAGAGAUAAACAUAGCAGUAUUUACAAUAAACUAAAACUAAAAAGGUUGUAAUAUAAAAAUAACAAUAUCACUUGUUCACUAUGGAAACAUUACUAUAACAUUAUCGUAACACAUCUCUCUCUCUCCACCCUCAUCAGUGAGUGUGGAGUUCGGCCGUGCCGUGUGGCUGCGGUUCUACCCGCCGGCCUUCCCGCCCUGCCCCAACCCCAGCUUCGUGGCCCACCUGGGAGGUGUCAUGGUGGGGCUCACCCUGGGAGUUGUAGUCCUCCAGAACUACGAGCAGCGGCUCCAGGAGCAGUCUCUAUUCUGGAUCUUCUUCUCCGUCUACUUCCUCUUUGUCCUCUGUGCUGUCUUCUGGAAUGUCUUUGCCUACAGCCUGCUGGACGUCCGGCUCCCCCCAACGCCAUGAACUCCGGAGGGGGCUACGUGAGCUGCCUCGCCCCCUCCCCUCCAGCUCUCCAGGCCUCCGAACUAGACUGGUCUCAAUAGUGCAGUGCUGCAUGCUAAACCAGUUGGGCUUUUCAGAGAAAUCUCAGAGAAGACUGAGAGGGCCAACUACGUACUUCAGAUCCAAUGGAACAGAACUGUCUAGGUCCAAGACUUCAGAAUUGGUAUCUUCAUUCUAGAGUACUGUAUAGAACAGAGUAUGGCGGCACCUCCUCUUAAACCCAAUGGUGCCUAUUACUCUAAGAAAGAGGUUAUUAUGACAGCUUGCUUCAGUAAAGGACAAUUUCAUAGGGUUGGAGAUUGUUAUGAUACACAGGUGUCUUCAAUCUGUCAUACUAUAGUACUGUUAUAUGUAAGUCUGAACUGAAGCUAUGAAAUGUUACACUGUUGACAUGUUAUACUGUACUGAGUACAUCUGAUGUGACAUGAUUUUGUUCCAACUUCCAGAUUUUUGUCUGGUUACCUGACUGUUUCUACAUUCAACGAUGCUACAUUGCUGCCUUUCACAAUAUGUUUGGCAAGACAAAGACAAAUAGCUAAAGCAGAAAGAGGUGGGUACUCAAGCUAGAUAUUUGCAGGGAGAAUAGGCUUAUGUUUUGUUAUUGCCUUUGGUGUGUGUGCCAUUCAUUAAAAGAAAGGGGUAUGGAAGCACAUAUCUUGCUCUAAGUAAGUCUUAACUGUGUAAAACACCCUGGUCACCUCAAAGAAGUGUGUGUGUGUGUGUGUGUGUGUGUGUGUGUGUGUGUGUGUGUGUGUGUGUGUGUGUGUGUGUGUGUGUGUGUGUGUGUGUGUGUGUGUGUGUGUGUGUGUGUGUGUGUGUGUGUGUGUGUGUGUGUGUGUGUGUGUGUGUGUGUGUGUGUGUGUGUGUGUGUGUGUGUGUGUGUGUGUGUGUGUGUGUGUGUGUGUGUGUGUGUGUGAGUGUGUGAGUGUGUGUGUGAGUGAGUUGUCAUCUAUACAGUAUGGCAUGCAUGCACAGUUUGCAGGAGUGGACAGUAUUGGAGGAGUGGCUUACAUUAUUUUGUUAUGUGCAAAUGAAAAUG